AUGACAUCCGAUUUUCCUAUCGCGGACCUCGCAAACAAUCUAUACCAUAAAUUAGACAGGAGUAAGAUUUUUCCUCCUUAUCAUAACAAGCCGGAAGACUUCCUCCCUGUUCUUAACUCAUCCAGAACAUGUUGUCCAAGAAGAUCUCCGAAUAGUUUUCUUCUCUGUCGUAAGAACGUUCACGAAGAGGCUAAGAGGAAUGGAACGUUCAAUAUGCGAAUUGUCAGUAAAGUCACGGGAAUGUUAUGGCGUGGCGCUUCUCAGAGAGAAAAACAAUUUUAUGAAGAUUUGGCUAAACGCUGCAAUAAACUUUACAAUGAUCGUUAUCAUUCUAUAAAUGGACUGCCUCAGCCCAACCCUCAACAAUUAAGUUAUCCUUCGCCUUCACCAAGCUUUACUGAUGAUAAUGAUCAUUAUUAUCUAAGUCCGGAUGAUAUAUUGGUAUCUAGUUAUGUUUUUGGUGAAAUUAAAAAUCUAUUGGAUACAUAUUAUUUGGGUGUACGAUCU